GCUGCGCCCGCUGCCAGGAAACGGCGAGGGCGGGAGAGCGCCGGCGCCCAACGGCCACCCGCGGGCGGUUUCCUCCGUCACUGCCCCGGCGGGGGAUCAGGGGCGCGCGGGGGAGGCCGCAACCAAUCAGCGGCGGGACGGCGCCUCCCCCUCCCCCUCCGCGCACCGCCCCCCGCCCGGCUCCGCCCGCUCGCUGCGGCGACGAGCUGCCGAGGCUGUGGCGCGUCCUGGCCGCUGCAGCCGCUCCGCCAUGUGGGUGCUGGGGGCUUGGGUGCUGCUGAGCGCCGCGGGCGCCGGUUCUGCACAAUUGUUGUUUAGUCCAACCACGUUUGUUGAAAGAAAUAUCUGUAAUGAAAGUGUCCUCUUACCUUGCAUUGUGACUAAUCUACAAGCAAACAAUAAAAAGGUCAUGUACGUUAAGUGGAAAAUACAAGGAAAAUUAUUUUUUUCUUUUGAUGGAACACGGCAGGCUGUUAGGGAUUCCAUGUUUUCAUCAGCUAAGUUAGUAUCUGAAUCGGAUUUAUCCAAGGGUGUUGCCUCUAUACUACUUGACAAGGAAGAAGCAAUUCUUGGAAAUUACAGUUGUGAAGUGACAGAAUCAAACAGAGAAGGAGAAACUACAGUUGAGCUUAAGAACAGUACAGUUGUCAGUUGCAGCGAUGAAAAUACAACACCAGAGGAAAAAUAUGGAUCAUGGUUUCUUCCAGUGGAAAGUGCUUGCAUCAUAGUGUUGCUAUUCUUAGCCAUUAUUUUUUGUUGGGCUCAGUUAAGUGUUAUUGCAUCAAAAUUUGAAACUGUAUUUCAGAAGAAAAUCAGCAUUAUUAUAGCAUGUGGCAUCUUCACAGUUGUUGCUGUUGUAGGUGUUAUUCUUUUUGUACCAGAUGGCUAUACUCGAGGAAGUCGAGCAGGACUUGGUUUAAUUGUAGUCCCUGCCGUGAUCUUAAUGCCAAUUCAAUGCCUUCUAUUUGGAAUGGUUAUGGAUAGUCUGUCAAAAACAGCAUAUGCUCUGAUAAGUUUGGAAUCUGUUGGUUAUAUAAUUGCUGUGGCUGGUUUUGCACUGUGUGUCUCAGCCUGUCCUGUGUUACAUGGUUCUGUUGUGAUUGCUGGCUUAGCAAUUAUGGCUAUUGGAGCUUUGCUUAGUCUGGUUUAUGUGUGUUUUGUGGGUUCCCGCAUAAGAGAGCAUCAACCUCCAAGGAAAGCUGUAGAAGAACCAUUAAAUGAUGCAAAAGGAGUGAUGUUAGAACGAUGUGUAACUAAAGAGAAGAACUGAUUCUCCUGCGGAGGUGGGUGAUGUGUGGAAAGAAAUUCACCGUUGUUUAUACACCGUGGCCUUGAAGAUGCACUACUCAAAGAGAAGAAAUUCAGGAAACUAGCUGUUUUGCAUGUGUGGCAAAAGUGCUUUUGAUAUAAAUGAUGUAAUUUUGUAGUCACAGCAGCUGUAGCGAGGAACCUGUGUGUCUACCCACAUGUGUGAUCUUUAUUUUCUUCUGUUAUGGUAUAUAUGGUGUGAUUGAGGGUGAGAAUAUAAAAAGCACUGUUUGCCCACCACAGGGUCUUCCUGUAGUAUCCUUAGUGGUAUUAUUUUCAAAACCAUCAUCAGUCACUGCUUUGAUAAUGGGCCUGCUCAGCCCAAAGAUUGCAAUACCAUUUAGAUUGUUUUCUUUAUUUGUGUGCAUGGGCAAGGUGUGGUCAUGUGUCUGUGAUAUGAGCAGGAAGUAGGAUUUGUACAAAUAUUUCUUUUCUGACAUUCAGCAGAACUUACAGGGAAAAAAAUUGCUUAUACAUGAAAUUAGAUAAGUUCGAAGUUCACUCUCACGUCUUCUCAAGUGUUUACCUGAGUUAUCCUAAUUCCACAAAACAGUAAUAUUCCUCUCUUUAGACAGUAGUCAUGUAUGCUCUGGUGGCCAAUAUUUUAGUACAGUGAGAGAGCUCUCGGUGCCUCUUUUUUUAUAUUCUUUGAUGAAAUACUGCUCAGCUGUUAGAGCCAAAUUCUGUGCUGGAGUUACAGAGCAUAGCACCUAGUAAUUUUCAUGCUGAAUGUGAUUCUUAUGUUUGUUCAUAUUGUACAGUCUGUAGUACUGGAACCACUUUCAGGCUUUCUUAACUGAGUGGAUUUGUAAGAUACAUUGAUGCUUCAGAAAAGUAGGAAUUGUCCUAUUUAGCUUAUUUUUAACAGUUUUAAAAUCUGCUUUCUUGAAUGGAAAUUGGGACUAAAUUAUUUCUGACCCACGUUUAUGAUGCUGUCAAUAUGUCACAAAGGAAUAAAAUAGAGAAUAAGCAGGAGGAGUUGAUGAAAAGUGAGGAGGCUCAGUUUUCUUAUAUGUGUAAGUAGUAUAGAUAAAAGUCCAUUUAGGAUCAAUUCUAUAGGAUUUUACACAUUCCAUGAGACUUUACCAUGUUUUACAACUGUUUCAAGAGUUAUUCCAAAAUACAGUUGGUUUCUCUUGGACUUUAUUUAUGCUUGGUAGAAAUCUUCACAUUGUCUCCAUUGGUACUAGGAUAAGAUUUUCAGAGGCACAAAUUUUUCUCCUUCAAACAGUUUAAAACUUUGUUUGGAAAGCUGUUGCCCAAUAGUAGUAUAAUGCAUUUUUUUAAAGAUUCUGAGUAAUUGAGCAAGUCUCAGAGUUGGGUUAUAUAAACUUAGGGUUAAUAUUCAUGUUAUGGGUGCACAUUGCAUAGGUCCCCGUGAAGGCUGUAGUCUUGAUGCAGACUCCGUGCAUCAAUAAGUCCUCAAAAUUCAAUUGAGGCAUCUGAUUUAACAGUAUUUACUCUCACUAGGGCUGCAGGACUGAACCACUAAAACAACCUAUAUUGCAGCCCUCACUAUAAGUUGAAUUAUCCACUGUGAAGAGGGUUAUACAUGUGAUGAAACAUUUAAGAAGGGAACAUGGUUUACAUUUACUUUCAUUCCUUGAAGUUUGUCAGUGAGAGUAUUCAUGUAAGUUUUGAGAUCCUAUAUACAAAUCUUUUGGUAUCAGUUGUUCCAUAAUCAUUGCAGUCCACCUGAAGAUGGGAGACAUUACUCUCCAUUAAUAGAUUUCAGUGAAAGGAUUUACCUGAUAAGUAGUAUGCAGAGCUCGUCAUUUGUAAUUACCGAUUCCCCUGUAAGUUGAAAGUCGAGCAGAUGAGGAAUAGAAAAACCCUGGAAUUCUGUUGAGAUAUUCUGCCUCAUAAAACCACAAUGUUUAAUAGCUUUAUAUUAACUACUGUAAAGCAAAUUGCAGUAGAAUCUGUUUUGUAUCACUGUGGUGAUGAGGUCAAGCUGUUAUUAGGACAUUGCUGAAAAAUUUAGGACUCAGUGGGGUCAUGUACAGACUGAAGAAGAAAUUGUUCCAGAAAUUGGAGACAGCCCCCCACCCCUGUGCUGUUGUGUUAAGGGAUUUCUUGUAUGUACAGAUUUAAAAAUGUGAGUUUAAAAUUCAUAGAUUUACCCAGCUCUUUCCCACCAGUAAUUUAAAACCAAAGUUGUUCAUAACUAUGAUUCCAUUUUUAUGUGUAUGUAUGCGUGUAUAUAUGUGUGGGUAUAUAUAUAAAAAAAAAUCUCACUACUGGACAUUUUAAAUAUCUAUAGCCUUUACCCCCCAAAAUGUUUUUAUUUAUGAAACAUAAUUUUGUAAAUAUUGUGCUAAUAUACUUAAAAUAAAGCCAUUUCAAGUUGUUUUUGCGAGA